UAAAGCAAACGUCAACAGACAAUUUUUCUUUUGGAGGGAAAAUUUCUAAUCAAUUGUAAUUUAAGCGGUGGCUAGUAAUAGAGUAUUUCGCGUGUUUAAUUGUAAUUUACAACAAGUUUAUAGAAGUAAAUUAGAAUAUUUUAAAGGAAUUUAAAGAAAAAACAAUGACUCAGCCUUCUAUAACAUCAUUUUUUAAUACACGUAAACGAGCAAAUGCUGAGGACUUUAUUAACACGAAAACAAGACCUCUAGAAGAGGAAACAAACAUAGAGUCGCAGUUAGAUGAUGACACAUCGAAUUUUAAGACUGACCUGCGCUCCUGUUCCGGACGAAUGAUUAAGCGUUUCGGUAUUCCAGAAAGCAUUCAGUUAGCCGCUACUGGAGUUUCUCCAAGAAAGAUGACCAAAAUUGAAGAAGAAACGAAGGAGAAGAAGAAUCUUGUCGAGUGCAUUAAAAAGGAUUCUUUAUCGCCCAAAAAAGCGGAGAACACGCCUAUUCUCAGCAGAAAACAGAUAAAUGAAACUACACCCUGUGCUCCUGGUAAUGUGGACAUUACAGAGUCGGAAUUGAGAAAUUCCAAGAAUGAUGAAACAAAUCUUAAAACUCCUACAAAACAGAUUAUAAAGGGCUCCGUGCUUGCAAGCCGGACUGAGCUAAAAUCACAUGUUAAAAAAGAACUCAACUUCGAUGAAGUUAAAACAAAAAUAUCACGAUCGUCCAAAUUGCAAGAGUUAAAGGCAUCAUUGGCACGGAUAAAAGAACUUGAAAAGACACGGAAAGCGCAAGAAAACAAGAGCAGACUUCUAAAAAAGUCAACAUCUCCGUGCCAAAAAGCCGCUGGGGUACAAUUGAAAGAAUUCGAUACUAUUGAAUUGGAAGUCUUCAGCAGCCCUUCUAAAGUUUUUAAGACGCCCACUAAGUUACUCCCAGCAACACCCGACAAAAAUGAACUCAUGUCACCGCGCCAUACCAACGCUUCAAAGCGUCUACUAUUUAGCCCUUCUAAAGAUGGCUCGCCUUCCAAGAUAGUCGCAAUUCCGGCCUACCAACGGUUUUUAGAUUUGAUUAAAACUAGCAAAUGCGACCAGUUGGCCUUGCCCAAUAAAUAUCGUCAUUUAUUAGAGAUUUUCAAAGGCUUAGACUCAGUAUGUGCUAUGUUUUAUAAUCGUAAAGAAUGCAUUACCUUCAAAAAACUAAGACCGGCAGUGCAACGAAUGUUGCUUAAGAAUUUCAGUCAAAACCAUUUGGCACAAAUCAAGACAGUUUUCCCUGAUGCGUAUACAUUUACGCAAAUGAAAAUGCGUAACUAUGGAUCCAUUUCCAAGGUAGACUAUUUCCAAUUGGUUAUAACACCGAACAUCGAUAAUGCAGAAGAACGGCAAACAUUAAACACAAUUGACGAAAAUAAUGUAUUAGCUAAAGCUGACAAUAGUGCAAUGAAUCCGCACAUGAUAACGCAGCGUUUACACCGCUUUCGAGAUGAGCUAUUGCAGCGCGUAAAAAUAGAACAUGACAAAUUUCUGAGAUCACUGGAUCCACCACUUUCGAUACCUAAAGAGAAAGUGACACGUUGGCAUCCAGACUUCGACUUGGAAAAUUGUCCUGGUAUUGAGUUGGCCCAGUUGCCCCAACCACCAAAUACACAAAAAUACUCUUCCGCUAAAGAUAUCUUAUUGACGACUCGCAAUUUAUUUCAUUAUAAUACUUGUAUGGAAAAAGCAGGCGAAUCCUGUGAGACUGACGUGGUGGAAGAUGGUUUGCAAGCAGACAAUUUUAAAAAUCAACGACAAUCAAAUGAAAAGAACGAAGACGAGAAAGGUAUUAAAACAGUGGAAGUAAAUAAAAUGAAUGAGACAGGCUGCCCAUUCGAUCCUGUACCAAUCCCUGAUUUAUUAAAAGGCGUACCCAAAGCUUUGCUGGAAAAGAUACGAGCUAAACAAGCUGCUAAGGCUUUAGAAGCCAUGACUCGACGUCCUUCCCAAGACAAAGAGGCUGCGCAGUAUUCACGACUACCCGAAUUGGCUCGCUACUUACGCAACAUCUUCAUUACUGAACGCAAGGGCGUCUUAACUCAGGAGGUUAUUAUUAAAAGAAUCCAAAAUAGCUUUCGCAUUUGUCUCAAUUCAGUGGAAAUUGAGCAUCAUCUGCAAUUAAUAGCUAAAGAAGUGCCAAAAUGGUUAACGUUUUACGAGGUUCGUAAAACCAUGUAUUUGAAAAUCAACAAACAAUUGGAUUUAGGUGAAGUAAUCGAACGUUUGGAAACGGUGGCCAACAACAAAAGCGAAAUAUAGUACGAUUGUUGGCAAAUUCUCGCGAUUAUUGUAAUUAUCUUAAUUAACUUAUUUGGAAACUAUGAUCUUUUUUUCUUCUACUUUUACGUCAUAAACAUGGAACUUCUACAUGCAUCCUGCUUGUCACAAGUGUGGCGUCAAAGUUGAAUUAUUUACAUAUUGAAAUCGUUUUUUCAAAUAUAACUAUUUAUUAA